AUGUUCUCAAGAUCUUGCAUAAGUUUGUUGGAGUUGGCAUCGGGGGAGAUGUUGAAUUUCCCUCAGACCCCUAGAGCCCUUACGAAGGUGAUGACUCUUCAGGGAGUCAUUCCUGAUGCAAAAAAUAGUGAUGGGAUUAAUAAUGAAGGUGUAAAUGUUCCCCCUUCUGAGAUCUGUGAGAAGAAAAUCAUAGUGGCAAAUUUUCUCCCUCUACAUGCUCAGAAGGAUACAAAAUCGGGGAAAUGGUGCUUCAGUUUUGACGAGGAUGCAAUUUUGUUUCCACUGAAAGAUUGUUUCUCAUCUGGUACUGUGGUUAUAUUUGUGGGGUCUCUGAAGGUUGACAUUGAAGCAAGUGAACAAGAAGAAGUAUCCCAGAAACUGCUGGAGGAAUUUAAUUGCGUGCCAACAUUUCUUCCUUCUGAGCUUCAUAAGAAGUAUUAUCAUGGGUUUUGUAAGCAGUAUUUGUGGCCCCUCUUUCACUACAUGCUGCCCAUGUGCCCGGACCAUAGCAAUCGUUUUGACAGGCAACUUUGGCAGGCAUAUGUUUCUGCUAACAAGAUAUAUGCUGAUAAAGUUAUGGAGGUGGUCAAUCCUGAAAAUGAUUAUGUAUGGGUUCAUGACUAUCACCUUAUGAUUCUUCCAACAUUUUUGAGAAGGCGUUUUACACGAGUUAAGCUUGGGUUUUUCCUUCAUAGUCCAUUCCCCUCAUCAGAAAUCUACAGGACCCUGCCAGUCAGAGAUGAAAUUCUGAGAGCACUGCUAAAUGUGGAUUUGAUUGGUUUUCAUACAUUUGAUUAUGCUCGCCACUUUCUAUCUUGCUGCAGUAGAAUGCUUGGCCUGGAAUAUGAAUCUAAGCGGGGAUACAUUGGACUUGAAUAUUUUGGCCGCACAGUGUACAUUAAAAUUCUGCCUGUGGGGAUACACAUGGGUCGACUUGAAUCUGCAUUAAAUCACCCCUCGUCUUCCGUGAAGGUCAAGGAGAUUCAAGAACAGUUCAGAGGGAAAAAGAUUAUUCUUGGUGUUGAUGACAUGGACAUAUUUAAAGGGAUCAGUAUGAAGUUAUUGGCCAUGGAACAGCUUUUGCAGCAGCACCCGGAGUUCAGGGGCAAGGUAGUCCUGGUUCAAAUUGUAAAUCCUGCAAGAAGCACAGGGAAAGAUGUUCAGGAAGCUAAAAAGGAAACAUAUUCAACGACCAGAAGGAUAAAUCAAGUCUUUGGUUUUCCAGGCUAUGAACCAGUUGUUUUGAUUGACCGUUGCGUUCCUUUUCAUGAGAAGACUGCCUAUUAUUCUUUGGCAGAAUGUUGCAUUGUUAAUGCUGUGAGGGAUGGCAUGAACCUAGUCCCCUACAAGUACAUCAUUUGCAGGCAGGGCACUCCAAAUAUGGAUAAAGCUGUUGGAUUUGCCUCUGAUUCCCCUCGUACAAGUACACUUGUUGUCUCAGAGUUCAUAGGUUGCUCACCAUCUUUGAGUGGAGCAAUCAGGGUGAACCCGUGGAAUAUUGAAGAUGUAGCUGAUGCACUCAAUGUGGCCAUAACAAUGCCUGCUUUAGAAAAGCAAUUGCGCCAUGAGAAACAUUAUCGGUAUGUUAGCUCUCAUGAUGUGGCUUACUGGUCCCGCAGUUUUAUGCAGGAUCUGGAGCGAGCGUGCAAAGAUCACUACAGAAAACGUUGUUGGGGAAUUGGUUUUGGUCUGAAUUUUAGAAUCUUGUCUCUUUCUCCAAGUUUUAGGAAGCUUUCCAUUGACCAUAUCCUCUCUGCAUACAAGAGGACAAAUAGAAGGGCAAUAUUUUUGGAUUAUGACGGAACAAUAGUGCCUGAAUCUUCUAUUGUUAAGACCCCAAGUCCUGAAGUCAUUUCUAUUCUGAAGAACCUUUGCAGCGACCCCAAGAACACUGUGUUUAUAGUUAGCGGCAGGGGUCAAAACUCUCUCAGUGAAUGGUUUGCUCAAUGUGAGAAUCUAGGUAUAGCAGCAGAGCAUGGAUACUUCAUAAGAUGGAGUAGCACGUCCAGCUGGGAAACCAGUUCCUCAGCCAUAGAUUUCGAAUGGAAGCAAAUUGCAGAACCUGUGAUGAAGUUGUAUACAGAGGCAACUGAUGGCUCCUACAUAGAGACCAAGGAGAGUGCCUUGGUCUGGCACCAUCUAGAUGCUGAUCCUGAUUUUGGAUCAUGCCAGGCCAUGGAGAUGUUGGAUCAUCUUGAAAAUGUCCUCGCCAAUGAGCCUGUAGUUGUUAAAAGGGGCCAACAUAUUGUCGAAGUAAAACCACAGGGAGUUACUAAAGGAUUAGUUGCACAGAAAGUUCUUUCCAUGAUGAUCAGUAAUGGGAACGCGCCCGAUUUUGUGUUGUGCAUUGGGGAUGAUAGAUCAGAUGAGGACAUGUUUGAAAGCAUAUCAAGCACAUCAUAUAAUCCAUCUCAACCUGUGGCUCCUGAGAUCUUUGCAUGCACUGUUGGCCAAAAACCCAGUAAAGCUAGGUACUACCUAGAUGAUACGGUGGAUGUCAUCACAUUACUUAAAGGCCUGGCGGCUGAUUCAAGUCUCAAGCCAAGGUGUAAUUGGGAAAUUCAAGCUCCUUUCGAGAAUAUCAUGUGA